GUUUGACAUCUACGGCAGCACCUACCCUGGUAAUGGUUUUGUCACGAAAAUUUCGAAAUUUAACCAGACGAUCGGGUAUAUUUUGAUAGUAAUUUCCUUGGAUACCAGAUGUAACGUCAACUUACCCCAAUGGGUGGAUCAUAUUGAAUCAAGCCUCAAUCUUUGCCCGAGGUUACAUUCAGGCUAAUAAUUGCUUUGUAAGCAUGACAGUUUUCGCACCCCGGGGAAUCCAGCAGAUAUGGAGGAUAUGGAUGCUUGGCACCUCAUUAAUUGUUUUAAGUCACGCAUCAAAAUUGAACGUACCAAAACUCCUUCUUCCAUUCUCUAUUCACGCCUCCGUGAAUUUUACACUGAAAGCUGAUGCUGGAUGCUACACAUGGGAGUCCUCUCAGUCGGAUGUGGUCAGCGUGCUCCCUCUGUCUAUGUCGACACCACCCCUUCCCCUCCCUCCAUCAUCCUGUAGUCAGCAUGCCCUGGUCUCCACACUCCCAACCCUCAAAACAUCCACGCAGGGGUUUGCUAUGGUCCUUGCGGACAACGCUGCCACCGGUCAGACCUUGCGCUGCGAUGUCUACAUCAGUCACAUCAGGAGUAUUCAGAUCCUCACCACCACGCACCAGAUUUUCACCGAUGACCCUCCCCUCCAGCUGUCUGUCCAGGCACUCGACUCCAAAGGAAACACUUUCAGCAGCCUGGCUGGAUUGGAGUUUGAGUGGCAUGCAGGGAAGGAGAUGGACUCCCCAGGCAGAGUAAGGUUUCUACCAUACUCAGAGGCUGGCUACUGCCCAUCUCCCCAUAUCCUAUCACUGGAGGAGGCGGGCCAUAGAGGGGAAGACAUACUGCUGCUGGGUCUUGCGAGUGGCCCCAUUCAGAUUUACGUGUCACUCAAACACCCAGAAUACCUGUAUGUGGAGCCGGCGGGCGUGGUGCUGUCCAUCAUGGACCGCCUCUACAUGAGCCCCGCUGAGGACAUCUUCCUGCUGCCGGGGGCCGCCCUCACAUACAAGAUCUGGAGGAACCAGCAGUGCAGCGAGACAGAGCUGGCCUUGUCUAAUGAAGGAUACGUGCUGAGGGUAGAGGGAGAUGGACCCCCCUGCACCAGUGUCAGCGAUGGCCAUGAUGAGUGCAGUGAUGUUGUCAGUGUUGAAGGGCACACAGUCAUCGCCAAACGCCUAGGCAGAGCCACCGUACACCUCAGGCACAAGAGUUUACCGGAAGAUUCUGUGUCUCAUUUGCCCAGCCAUUCCGUGUUCGUGGUUGAACCCAGCUAUCUGACUUUAGACUUGGAGGAGGAGUUGGAAGACCGGUGGGUGCUGCAGACCGGCCGUCAGUACCACGUGACCGUGCGAAUACACGACAGCCAUGGCCACGUCCUGCACAUGUCAGAGGUACCGCCACCCCCACCGCAACCUUUUCUGACGACACUUCUGAAUGCGCUUUCCCGCCCUCCAGGGGCUACUACUGCUACAUCCGCAAGUUAUGGAAAUGUGGAGCUGGAGUUGGUGGCAGGAGAUCAUGUGAAGCUGCUGAGCUCCGCCCUCAACCUCUACUCCCACGUCCUGGUGGCCGAAUCACCAGGACACACACACCUGCAGGCAUCGCUCUUGAACGUCCUCUCAGUGGACGGCAGCGCGGUGCCACUCGACCUACCAAUCAGAGUCAAGCAGGACGUGGACGUCUUUGACCCGCUGACCCUGCAGCCUCCCGUCGCCGUGUUCCCAUGGCAGCCCAACACCGAGCCCUAUCACUACGAGAUCAAGGUGACAGGUGGAAGUGGCUCUGUGGUGUGGGGUGUAUCUGACAGCUCCGUUGCCACAGUAACUGUCAAAGGCAUAGUGAUUACAGGAGGCGUGAUUGGUCAAACAGACCUUCACAUCUCAGACACACGGAACCCAUUACACUCGACUGUUGGACAGGUCCAUGUGCUGACGCCAGGCCAGCUGGCGCUGCUGCCUCAGAGAGGUGACUGCUGGGUGGGGGAGACCAUCGACCUGCCCCUGGCCCUCUGGGGGGUCCGCCACCACACCACCACCAGCCCCCCCGGCAAGCAUGCCAACCCCACCUCAGAGCAGCAGCAGCAGCAGCAGCGAGGCGAGCCCCCCUCGCCAUCUCACACCCACCCCCUGGAGUCCCCUGGUGGAGCAGCGGACAAUCUGCUGGCCGUGACGGACUGUUCGCACCUCGCCAUGCACGUGCACACACACCCGGAAGGAGUCUUCUCUCGUCUGUCAGGCUCCCUGUCCCCCAGUGCAGGUGCGUGCGGGGGGGUUCGAUUGGAGGCUCUGGCGCCUGGUCACACGCUCAUCACCGUCACCGUAGAGACGGAGCAGCACAACAUCACCGCCACCACCACACUGGCCGCCUACAGCCCCUUGAAGGCGAUGGUGUCUGAGGUGCUCUUGGCAGUGGGGGUGUCGCGUGUGCUAGUGUUUGAGGGGGGCCCCCAGCCGUGGCCCUUGGACCACACCCGCUUCUACACCCGAGCCUGGGCCAAGCCGGACUGGGCCGUCACCGUGGAGACGCUUGGGCACCACGACACCGGACGCACUGGACACGCCUACCGCGUCACCUGCACCGCAGAGGGAGAGCUGUGGGUGCUGUUUGCGAGUGGCAACCGGCCGGGGGACUUGAACCAGUCUCCGUGUGAGGAGGAGGUGGGUGUGCAUGUGGAGUGUGGCGUGGCUGCCCACGUCUCCAUCGCCCCUCUGCUCCCAUCAGCCUCCCCUACCACCACCUCUGGCCAGCAGCCCCACACCUGCCCCAAGCCACAGUACGCCUCCAGCCCCUUGGCGGUGUCCAGCAGCAGGGACUCUGUGCUGCAGGUGGCGGUGUUUGACCACCGGGGGGUGCAGUUUGACAACUUCACCUUCUCCUCGUUGACGUGGUCCUCCUCCGACCCCGCUCUGCUCUCCCUGCCCGCGGACACAGCCCACGCCAUGGCCCUCGUCGACAUCCCCAAUGACAAGAAGCAGUGUAAAGUGCAUGGUCGACUGCUUUGUCAGGCGCAUGGAUGGACAGGAGCAGUGACUAUUACUGCCGGGGUGUACUGGUCCUCAGUGAGCGGUUCAGUGCACCUGCGGCUGGUGGAGGAUGUCCAGUGGAGCUUGCGCUCCAUCACCCUCUACAACCACCCACACAUCACGGAGAAUCUGACUCUGGUUCAUGGCUCUGGUCAUUUUGUGGUCAGCCUUCAAGACAAGGAGCUGGCCAACGUCAGCUAUCAGGAGAACACCAACACUGUACAGGUGUCUCCGCUGCGUACGGGCUUCUCCUCUCUGAAGGUGUAUGAUGUGUGUCUGCCCCCUGUGGACCGCGCAGGCACUACACUCGCCAUCUCAGUCUCAGACAUCGCAGACUUCCACAUUGACUUCAUGGACAUUGUGGAGGUGGGCCACAGUGCCCUGGUGCGUGUGCGGGUGUUGGAUUCUAACCAGCAGCCCUUCUUGCGUCACUUCCUCUCUCUCAUGGAUCUCAAGCUCAUCCCCUCAUCCGCCAUUGUCACAGUGGAGGCUGUGGGACCGCUGGACAAAGUGUCUGUGGGGUUCCGCGUUUUGGGUCAGGCAAUCGGAGUGGCCACCUUACACCUGUCGGCUGUGGACAGGAACGGGGUCCUCAUCAACUCUGCCCACAAACACCUGCAGGUGUACCCCCAGUUCACCUUGCAGCCCCGCAAGUUCUCCCUUGCACUCGGAAGCAUACGGCAGGUGAAAUGGGAAGGUGGUCCAUACCCCCAGUCUAGCGUUGGCUUCUCAGUGAGUGACAGUGCAGUUGCCACAGUGACGGACACCGGAUUGGUCAAAGGCCUAUCAGUGGGUGUGGCCAAGCUCAGAGGAGCAUUGCAGACCAUCGUACAGGACACAGGAGCUUUACUCACAUUUGCACAGGAUGAGGUGGAGGUGGAGGUGUUUGAGUUGACGGCCGUGCGCAUCCAGGCCCCGCUGGUCAGGCUCACCGUCGGCACUGAGAUGCCAGUGUAUGUGAUGGGUAGUGACAACAGCCAGUCUCCCCUGUCUCUGGGUAGUGUGGAGGGGGGCCUGGGCUUCCAGUGGACGCUGGGCAAACUCGGAGUGCUGGAGAUCAUCCCACGCCACACCAGAGCAGGAAUCAGUGUGUCUCACACACGCAGCUUCUCCGUGCUGGUGAGAGCUUGGGCCGCUGGCAGGACAACUCUCCGAGUGUGUGUGCGACCUGUCACCGCAGACUCUCCAGACGAGCACAGGGACGAGCACUGUCCCCUCUCCGAUGAGAUACACAUACUGGUGUUGGAGGAGAUGAGGUUAGCAGUUGGAAGUCCCCAGUCCAUCCUCAUGUCUCCCCACUCCACAUAUCACCUUCAAAGCAACAAGGACUCCAUCUGUCCGAUGCGUUACACUCUCCACCAGAGUCUAGAGGGAGCUGGUCUGGUUACCGUUGACAACCGGGGUCUGCUGAGGGCAGGCUCCAAGACAGGGGCUGCUCUCCUGGAGGUCAUCGCCUCGGAGACGGGUGGGGUCAACCAGACACUCCUCAUCAGCGUCAAAGUGGCAGCGGUGUGGUUUGUGCGGGUGUUUUCCGACUCCACACUGCACAGUGCCCAAGGGGCAUCUCUGCCAGCCUUCCCGCUGGGAUGGAGCAUCCACAUCCGGGCACGUUGCUACGACAACCUGGGCCAAGAGUUCCAUGCCCAUGACAUUCCCAUACGCAUCACUACUAACAGAGAUGACUUGGUCCAGAUCACUCCGGGGGCAGACAGCCACUCCUUCAUGGUGCAGACGGUGUCAGCCGGUUUGACCGUCUUAGGGGUCCAGGGGGACCCCAACAACCCGUCCCUGAGCGACUACACGCCCCUGCCUGUGCUGCCUGCCAUCACACACCCCCACGCCAGCGUCCGGCCCGGAGACGUCAUCUGCUUCAGCUCCCCCCUCACUGACAAGCAGGGCCAGCCAGGUACCUGGAGCGUGUCAUCCAGCCAUAUCCUUCAGAUGGACGCUGAGACUGGAGCGGCUUUGGCAAAGCAUGCUGGGACAGUGGUGGUGUACUACUGGCUGGGAGCAGGCCAACAAGCACUGAAAGAGGUGGUGGUUCAGGCCUCGGCAAACCCAACCCUGACCCUACCUGAAAAUGCACACCUGACCAACUGGCCCAAAGCCCCCGAGUACAUCGUCAGAGUGGACCUAAACACAUCUGUAGAUAACGCAGCCACGUGUUCUCUAGGACAGAGUGAGGCCUUGCUGAAGAGGCUGAAACCGGAGGAUGAGCUGCUCUGUUUGUUGCACUACACUGCCCCCUACCACCAGCUCACCAUAUUGCAGUCAACCUUCAACAUCACUCCACAGUACAACAGGGAAACGGGUCAGUACAGCUGCAACGUCUCUGUGCGACCCCAGCCAGACACGGCCCUCCUCCUCCUCUCCACGUUCCCUCUCUCCAUCUCGCUCUCCGUCAGCCUGCGGGGUCAGUCCUCUGCCCCCUCCGAACACUCCGUCUCUCCUCCCUCUUUCCUCUCCUCCUCUCCCUCCACUUCUUCUUCAUCAUCCUCCUCUUCCUCCAUGGCACCUGUAGUGAUUCCCUAUGUCCCAGCAUUCCACUGCCCCCUGACGCACAUCAGACUGUCCCCUCAGCAGCCCCUGGUCCACAUCGCUGUGCACGGAGCACCGGCUGUGCUGAAUGCACUCAAGUUUGAGUCAGGGAACCCGGCCAUGGUGCUGUCUGAGCCCUUGGUGUCGGAAACAGAGCUCAGCGUGUCCCUGAGCACCUCUUCCUGGGACACCCAAGACUACCACCACCACUACCAGCAGCACGCCCUGCCCUUGGAUGGUGCGUGCCCGUCAGCCAACAUAACCAUCAGCAGCAACCUCUCCUCCCAGACCCACACCAUCAUGGUCACCGUGCUGUCUGAGAAACGCACCCGCUCAGCAGAGGCAUUGCAGAGAAAUGGUGGUUUCUCCCGGCUGUUGGAUUUCCAGCUUGUCCUGACGUUUGCAGUGUUUGCCAUCUUGGCGGUGACGGCCAUCAUCUUCAUUGUGUACAAUACUGUGCUGUCACAUGACACAACAUCCUCUUCAGACAACUCUACCCCUUCAGUCAAAGCGGACAGUACAGUCAGUGCCAACAGCAAGCAGCUGAUUCAGCUUCCAUGGGGACAGACGUCCCCUCUGACCAACAGGACCCUGAGGCGCAGGCAGUGGCUCUGGAGCACACGCAUAUGACCGCACCGCACCACAGGCAGCUACUUUAUGAUUAUAUAAUAAUAAACCAGACAAAUAUGCUGAA